AUGGCGUUUUUCCUAUUAGCUGUCUUUGCUUCUAUUCUCUCCCUUGGUUACUGUGACAACCUCACAGUUACCAAAGAGGCAUGGUUUGAUAUUGAAAUCCGCGACUAUGACGGGCCAGGCGAGGACUACCGAGGUCGCUUUGUGAUUGGUCUCUUCGGCGAAACCACACCAAUGACUGUCAUGAACUUUGCUUCAAUUACUAACGGAUUUGAAAGAAAAAUGGAAAGCGGGAGAAAGGAGAAACUUACUUACAAGAACACUAACUUCCACCGGGUCGUGUCCGAUUUCGUCAUUCAAGGAGGGGACAUUACUGUAGGAGAUGGAACAGGAGGUAAAAGCAUCUACGGCUCCAAAUUCGUUGACGAAAACUUCAUCCUGAGUCACAAGGCUGCCGGUUACGUGUCCAUGGCUAACCACGGUACAGAUACAAAUGGAUCCCAGUUCUUCGUCAUGUUGACCAAAGCAAGGUGGUUGGACAACAAACAUGUCGUCUUCGGCAAGGUCGUGAAAGGAAUGGAUACCGUCCGUGCUAUUGGUGACGUAAAGACAGACGAUAGUGCCAGGCCCAAACACCGUGUGAAGAUCAUUGACUGUGGAUGUGAUGACGUAGCGAAGAAGUACACACUGACAGAGACCGAGGCCAAGUCUGACGAGGGACUAAACUUUCAAAUCUCAAGCAUAAAAAUGAAUGCUACUCGACUUUUACUUCCGGCGUUACUUCUUUGCAUUUUUUUUGCCAGCAUCGAAACCAGAUGGAUAAAUAAACGAAGCAGCUCUAGCAGCAGCAGCAGCAGUAGCAGUACCGACGAGAGCGAUGAAGACGCUGCAUCUCCAAACAAUGCAGUAGAUACCACAGGAGACGCCACUGCGGCUAAUACAAAUGCUAAUACAGCAGCCGCUGACGCCGACAGUGAAAGUGGUAGCGAAAGUGAAAGUGAUAGCGAUAGCGGGAGUGACAGCCGAAGGAAACGUAGCAGUUCCAGCAGUAGCAGCAGCAGUGAGAGCGACGAAGAAGACGCCGCAGACGAUACAGUAGAUGCCACAGGGGACGCCACAAAUGCUGAUACAGUAGCUGCUGCGACUGGCAGUGAAAGUGGUAGCGACAGUGGAAGUGAUAGCGACAGCCGAAGAAAACGAAGCAGUUCUAGCAGCAGCAGCAGCAGCAGUAGCAGCGAGAGCGACGAAGAAGACGCCGCAGCUGAAGACGAUACAGCAGAUACCACAGGGGACGCCACAAAUGCUGAUACAGUAGCUGCUGCGACUGGCAGUGAAAGUGAUAGCGACAGUGGAAGUGAUAGCGACAGCCGAAGAAAACGAAGCAGUUCUAGCAGCAGCAGCAGCAGCAGUAGCAGCGAGAGCGACGAAGAAGACGCCGCAGCUGAAGGCGAUACAGCAGAUACCACAGGGGACGCCACAAAUGCUGAUACAGCAGCUGCUGCGACUGGCAGUGAAAGUGAUAGCGACAGUGGAAGUGAUAGCGACAGCCGAAGAAAACGAAGCAGUUCUAGCAGCAGCAGCAGCAGUAGCAGCGAGAGCGACGAAGAAGACGCCGCAGCUGAAGACGAUAUAGUAGAUACCACAGGGGACGCCACAAAUGCUGAUACAGCAGCUGCUGCGACUGGCAGUGAAAGUGGUAGCGACAGUGGAAGUGGAAGUGACAGCCGAAGAAAACGAAGCAGUUCUAGCAGCAGCAGCAGUAGCAGCAGCAGUAGCAGCGAGAGCGACGAAGAAGACGCCGCAGCUGAAGACGAUACAGUAGAUACCACAGGGGACGCCACAAAUGCUGAUACAGCAGCUGCUGCGACUGGCAGUGAAAGUGGUAGCGACAGUGGAAGUGAUAGCGACAGCCGAAGAAAACGAAGCAGUUCUAGCAGCAGCAGCAGUAGCAGCGAGAGCGACGAAGAAGACGCCGCAGCUGAAGACGAUACAGCAGCUCCCACAGGGGACGCCACAAAUGCUGAUACAGCAGCUGCUGCGACUGGCAGUGAAAGUGGUAGCGACAGUGGAAGUGAUAGCGACAGCCGAAGAAAACGAAGCAGUUCUAGCAGCAGCAGCAGUAGCAGCAGCAGUAGCAGCGAGAGCGACGAAGAAGACGCCGCAGCUGAAGACGAUACAGCAGCUCCCACAGGAGACGCCACAAAUGCUGAUACAGCGGCUGCUGCGACUGGCAGUGAAAGUGGUAGCGACAGUGGAAGUGAUAGCGACAGCCGAAGAAAACGAAGCAGUUCUAGCAGCAGCAGCAGUAGCAGCGAGAGCGACGAAGAAGACGCCGCAGCUGAAGACGAUACAGCAGCUCCCACAGGGGACGCCACAAAUGCUGAUACAGCAGCUGCUGCGACUGGCAGUGAAAGUGGUAGCGAUAGUGAAAGUGGAAGUGACAGCCGAAGAAAACGAAGCAGUUCUAGCAGCAGCAGCAGUAGCAGCAGCAGUAGCAGCGAGAGCGACGAAGAAGACGCCGCAGCUGAAGACGAUACAGUAGAUACCACAGGGGACGCCACAAAUGCUGAUACAGCAGCUGCUGCGACUGGCAGUGAAAGUGGUAGCGACAGUGGAAGUGAUAGCGACAGCCGAAGAAAACGAAGCAGUUCUAGCAGCAGCAGCAGUAGCAGCGAGAGCGACGAAGAAGACGCCGCAGCUGAAGACGAUACAGCAGCUCCCACAGGGGACGCCACAAAUGCUGAUACAGCAGCUGCUGCGACUGGCAGUGAAAGUGGUAGCGACAGUGGAAGUGAUAGCGACAGCCGAAGAAAACGAAGCAGUUCUAGCAGCAGCAGCAGUAGCAGCAGCAGUAGCAGCGAGAGCGACGAAGAAGACGCCGCAGCUGAAGACGAUACAGCAGCUCCCACAGGAGACGCCACAAAUGCUGAUACAGCGGCUGCUGCGACUGGCAGUGAAAGUGGUAGCGACAGUGGAAGUGAUAGCGACAGCCGAAGAAAACGAAGCAGUUCCAGCAGCAGCAGUAGCAGCGAGAGCGACGAAGAAGACGCCGCAGCUGAAGACGAUACAGCAGCUCCCACAGGGGACGCCACAAAUGCUGAUACAGCAGCUGCUGCGACUGGCAGUGAAAGUGGUAGCGAUAGUGAAAGUGGAAGUGACAGCCGAAGAAAACGAAGCAGUUCUAGCAGCAGCAGCAGUAGCAGCAGCAGUAGCAGCGAGAGCGACGAAGAAGACGCCGCAGCUGAAGACGAUACAGCAGCUCCCACAGGAGACGCCACAAAUGCUGAUACAGCAGCUGCUGAAGCCGACAGUGAAAGUAGUAGCGGCAGUGGAAGUGGAAGCGACAGCCGAAGAACACGGUCCAGUGUUAGAAGCAGAGACAGACGAGGCAGCAGCAGCUCAGGUUCUAGCUCAGGAUCUGACUCCGGAUCUGGAUCUGGAUCUGAAUCCGACUCGACAUCCAACUCCGGACCACCUGUUCUUCCAGAUCCAGAGUGCCUUAGGUUUGCGGGACGCUUCUGCUUGGAGUCCGCUUCCGCAUGUACUGAUCUCAAAGGCACACCAACACCCAACUAUUCUUGUGAAACUGGUGUCUGCUGCGCCUUGGGUCCGUAG